AUGUCAUCCAGAAAGGGUUAUCUUCUUCCGCCGUCACAUUUUACCACAAAGAUGUCAUGCUCUGAUAGCCCGUCUGGAAAUUCGUUCUUGGUGGAUUCCCUGAUCAAUGGGAGAACGGAGAGUAGUGGUUUGUACUACCAAAGUAGCGGUGUGUAUGCGCCGCACACCUCCGAUUAUUCUUAUGGACUGUCUAAUUGUGGCUAUUUUUCUGGACUCAAACGCACUGAGACCACUUCUCAAAAUAUUGUCUCUGCAACCGGUCCAUAUGCACAAGGAAUGGAAGCCUGGCUGGACACGUCGAGGUCUUUCCGUGUAGACCAGCUUGGCAGUGAAAUGACUCCGCGCUCCUUUUCGCCCAACAUAAAGGAAGAGAACUCCUACUGUCUAUAUGAACCGGAGAAUCAAUCGAAAGAGGACGUAACCGAGGAUGUAUCUUUCUCUCCCUCAGCCUCGCGCUCGUGUCCAAGUCGCAACAAUGGCACUGUGCCAGUGCCUGGUUAUUUCCGCCUGUCUCAGACCUACACAUCUACAUCGAAGACUUUCCUUGAAGACCAGUCGAGUUCUGCCCAUUUCUCUUUGCGGCGUCCAAACCGUUGUGACAGCUCUCACACGACGGCUCCAGUACAGAUAAACAGAGCUGCGCUCGAGGAGCCAGUGACCCGCGCGCCCUGCAGCCCGACAGCAGAUCAGCAUACUCGGGAGUCGUCCGCUGGUGCCACAUCAUCUCCUGAACCCCGAGACAGCGGCGCAGACAGUCCAGAAAAAGCCAGCAAAGGAGAUCCGAAAAACGAAAACACAGCGAACUGGCUGACCGCAAAAAGUGGCCGAAAGAAACGUUGCCCUUACACUAAACAUCAGACGCUGGAAUUAGAGAAAGAGUUUCUUUUCAACAUGUACUUGACACGGGAGCGUCGCCUGGAAAUCAGCCGCAGUGUUCACCUGACAGACAGACAGGUCAAAAUUUGGUUCCAAAACCGACGAAUGAAACUCAAGAAAAUGAGUCGCGAGAGCCGUAUUCGGGAGCUGUCGACCAACUUCAGUUUUUCAUGA